CGAGGUGUCACUUGCUACAAGAGAAGACCUCCUCCGCCUGCUUUUCCAGCUGGUCUCGGAAUAAAGAGCCACAUCUCUUACGAGAUCACUCCACUGCGCGACACGUCGCAACUUUGAAAGGAUGUAGGUCGGGCGGCGAUUAAUUAUGCAAAAGCAUCCCAGCGAUGCUUAUCGUGCAUGCUUGUCCAAGAGGAGAAUUCUUGGAAAGAGUGGAUACCCAACAACAGCCCAGACACGAACUCCCACUACAGUCGACAGAUCUCGGGUAUUGGUCUCGCUAUGCAGACCGAGCAUUGAGACUUGGCGAGGAAAAUGAGGAAAGAAGGGCGCGCGUUCUUCCUCAGUUGUAUUCUGCGUCUGGUUUACGCCUGAGAGACGGCCAGUAACUUGGAUGCCGUUGGAUCCAUGGGAGUAAUCGAAAACGCGCCCAAGUCUGUCCAACGUCGACACGGGUGGCCCACAAGGUGGCACCCUGGGAAGCAGACUCUGUCUCCUUCUAGUAGUUCCAGCAGUAGCAGUAGCUCGGCGGCGAAGAACGGCAACAGCUACCACAAAGGAAAGGGGAAGCAAGCGGCGCAGCAGCCACACAAAGGCGACAAAAGCAAAGGCAAAAAGGGGAGGCGGAAAGGUAAACAAGAAGACGGCGGAGCAAAAGGGCCACCGCUGAAGAAAGCCAG